AUGUGCACCUUUUUUUAUAGAGGUAUAGAUGGAAUUGUUACUAGUUCAAUUGCUUCGAGUUUUGCAUUUGGUGGUACAGAAACCGUUAGUAUAACCGUAUGUGAAAGUGCAAAUCCUCGUCGUGAUGUUCCACGUUCAAUGAAAGAAACUAUUUGGCGUAUUGUUUUAAUUUUUGUUAAAUCAAUUGUAAUAAUGGGUCUUAGUAUUCCAUAUAAUGAUCCUAGUUUAGCUCAUAAUGAUGUUAAAAAUGUAGCUGUAUCACCAUUUACACUUGUUUUUGUUAAAUCAGGUAUUAAACCAGCUGUACAUAUUAUGAAUGCAGUUAUAUUAACAACGAUAUUAUCAGCUGGAAAUUCAGCUCUUUAUGUAUGUACACAUAUUUUAUAUGCUUUAGCUCAUGAAGGAAAAGCUCCAACAUACUUUACUUAA